CAAAGAUGAGUCUGAAUGCACAUGAAGAUCUAGCAACUGAAGUGGAGGAAUCACCCUCUUUUCCUCCGUCUAUAUCAUUAGAUAACGUUCAAGAAAUGGUAAGGAAUAAUCCUUUUCAGGUUCCUGAAAGAUAUUUGGCCAGUCAAGAAGAAUUGGAGAAAGCCAACUAUAUGCCUCACCUUUCAUCUGAGAUCCCUGUUAUUAAUUUAGAAUUGCUCUUAAAUGGAAACAAGGAGGAGUUGUUGAAGUUGGACGUAGCAUGCAAAGAAUGGGGUUUUUUUCAGAUUGUAAAUCAUGGAAUGCAAAAAUAACUUCUGCAGAAAAUGAAGGAUGCAGCAUCUGAAUUUUUCAAUCUUCCAAUAGAAGAGAAAAACAAGUAUGCAAUGCCAUCAAAUGAGAUACAUGGUUAUGGUAAGACUGGCGCAAUUUCUGGGGAGAAAUCAUCUUAAUCACUGAUUGCAUAGUUAUCUUCACACUAAUAUCUGUUGAGUUGUAAUGCUGUCAGUUCCAUUGGAAUCUUGCCAGCGAGAAAUUACUGUAUGAACUGACACUAUCACAUGUUCAUGGUUUGAUUGGACACAAACAUGCACUUGACAUAAUACAUUUUUUCAA